AUGGCGUCUUCGAGUGUGUUUCUUCACCGCCCAGAUCUCUCGCGUAUUGCAUUUGCUUGUAGAACGAAUCAGACGGUUGGAAAAAGCGGUAAAGGCCGUGUUAGUUUCCUGAGCAAUCGGAGACGUCGUCUUCCGGUGGUUUUAUCUAUGACGACGACGGAGAAUUCCGGUGGAGAAGCCGUGAAGUCAGGUCUGCCUGGAAAUGGCAUAUCAAUCAUGGUGAAUGGAUGCAGUGGCAAAAUGGGGAAAGCUGUAAUCAAAGCAGCAGACGCUGCAGGAGUGAAUAUCGUUCCCACGUCGUUCGGAUCUGCUGGUGAGUCUGGUCAGACAGUUGAGGUCUGUGGAAAGGAGAUUACUGUCUACGGUUCUACUGAAAGAGAAAAGGUUCUUUCUUCGGUGUUUGAGAAGCACCCGGAGCUAAUUGUUGUCGACUACACGAUUCCCUCUGCAAUAAAUGAUAAUGCGGAGCUGUAUAGCAAAGUAGGUGUUCCCUUCGUCAUGGGAACAACCGGUGGAGACAGGAACAAAUUGUAUGAAACUGUUGAGAGAGCGAAGAUUUAUGCUGUGAUUUCCCCACAGAUGGGUAAACAAGUUGUUGCAUUUCUUGCCGCCAUGGAGAUCAUGGCUGAGCAGUUUCCGGGAGCGUUUUCUGGUUAUUCCUUGGAUGUGAUGGAGUCUCAUCAAGCUAGUAAAUUAGAUGCAUCCGGAACAGCAAAAGCUGUUAUUUCUUGCUUCCAGGAUUUGGGUGUGUCUUACGACAUGGAUCAGAUACAAUUGAUUCGAGAUCCAAAACAGCAAAUCGAGAUGGUGGGUGUUCCCGAAGAGCAUGUCUCUGGCCACGCUUUCCAUCUUUAUCACUUGACAUCACCCGAUGAAACUGUCUCCUUCGAGUUCCAGCACAAUGUCUGUGGCAGAUCAAUAUACGCUGAGGGUACUGUUGAUGCCGUGCUUUUCCUUGCCAAAAAGAUUCGAUUGAAAGCAGACCAGCGAAUCUACAACAUGAUCGAUGUUUUAAGAGAGGGAAACAUGCGUUGA